AUGGAUAUUGUAUUAGAAAUCUUUGAUUACUAUCUUUUCGAUAAAGCUUAUGCUAAGGUUUUGCCAAAGGAUGGUACAGUCCAUCAACUUUUAAAGGACUCUCCAAUUGUCAAUACUCUUUCCAAUAUCGAUAUAUUUUCCAAGGUCCCUGGGCUUAACUCCGUUAAUUCUACCCUUUCAAUGCCAGAAUUCAAUUCAUCAAGUAUAAAUGCGGCCAAUAUUCCUCAAUAUAUAAUCUCCAAGAUAGCCAACUAUGCCGAUAAAUCAGAAGUUUAUGGAUUAGCUCCAAAACUUUUCCCUGCUGGUGAUUAUUUUGACGCGUCAUUGCUUGCUAGAUCAAACUUAUUAAGAGAAUCUUUUAGUAUGUUUCUUAUUGCCACCCUUUUCGGUUGGAUCUUAUAUUUCGGAGUUGCAUACCUUUCCUAUGUAUUUGUCUUUGAUAGAAAGAUCUUUAACCAUCCAAGAUAUUUAAAGAAUCAAAUGUCUUUGGAAAUCAGUCUUGCAACCAGAGCCAUUCCAGUUAUGGUCAUGUUAACUAUCCCUUUCUUCUUGUUGGAAUUAAGAGGUUAUUCACAUCUUUACCUGGGUAUUAAUGAAUCGAACGGUGGUUGGAAGGCUGUAUUUAUCCAAUUCCCUAAAUUCAUCUUGUUUACCGAUUGUGGAAUUUAUUUUGUUCAUAGAUGGUUACAUUGGCCAAGUGUUUACAAGAAAUUACACAAGCCACAUCAUAAAUGGAUUGUUUGUACCCCAUUUGCAUCUCAUGCUUUCCACCCUGUUGAUGGUUGGGCACAAAGUGUUUCAUAUCACAUUUUCCCAUUGCUUUUCCCACUUCAUAAGGUUUCCUAUUUGGUUUUCUUCACUUUUGUUAAUUUCUGGACUGUUAUGAUUCAUGAUGGUAAUUAUAUGUCCAAUGAUCCAUUUGUUAAUGGUACUGCCUGUCAUACCAUCCAUCAUUUAUAUUUUAAUUAUAAUUAUGGACAAUUCACAACUUUAUGGGACAGAAUUGGUGGAUCCUAUAGAAGACCUGAUGACUCUUUGUUUGUUAAGGAAUCCAACCCAGAAGAAGAUAAGAAGAUCUGGAAGCAACAAGUAGUUGAAAUGGAAGAAGUUAGAAAUGAAGUGGAAGGGAAAGUUGAUGAUAGAGAAUACAUUGAAUAG